AUUUACAUAUAUAUUUGUGCAUGUACAUGGUGACUCACUCAACGCGAGGCUUUUACCUUGUCGGUUGACUCGUCGAAGUCAACCGGCCGGGCGCAUGGACGCAUUGUCCCGCGAAGGAGUGUAUCGAAAUCCGGGACAAUUUGCCGGAAUUUGUCACAACAGCGGGAAAUGUGCAGAGCGACGGGAAAUCGAUCCUCCCGAAAUACAAUCUUCCGAAAAAUGAAAUGAAUGUUCUCAGAAGAGAGAGUCUUGAUAGAGACUUUGCAGUUUCAGUUUUAUGCACAGAAGCUUUAUUUCGAGGUAAUGUCAUCGCGCGUAUAUUAUAUGCAGCCCUCGUGCAUGGAAUUUUCCGAAAAUGAAAAUUCCCGGAGGAGACACUCAAUAGGGCCUUUGAACGCUCAAUUUUACAGUACAGAGAGCUUUAUUUCGAGGAGCUUUACGUCAUCGCGCGUAUAUUAUAUACUUCGUGAAACACGCAUUCGCGUAUUUCAUCGCAGGAUGCGAUGAAUAUAUAAAAUAUCCCUCGUAGAGUUCGUUUCUUCUUUUCUCUCGACGACCUUGCAUUACCGCGCGCUUUUAUAUCGCGGGACGGCGGAUCGGGGGAACGGGGAGAUCGAUUGGUGCAAAAGGAGAAGGAAAAAAAAAACGAGACGUGUGCUUCCGCUCAGGUGAGAAACGCACAGUCGCGGCUCGCAGCCGCCGCGCGGAAUUCCGAGCCGUUGAGCAUUACCCCGUUGACAUUCUCUCGUGUCUUCCACUACUUCGGAGCUUCGCAGCUUUCCGAAGGCCGCUUUCGUCGUAGCGUGGCGCGGGACACCCGGUAUAUUCGAUACCGCUCGCAUACAGUUGUCGCGUCCCGAUUGAGUCGCAGUACCGAUGCUGAACGUCGCGGGCAAGACAUUGUCGACAGAUCGCACCUGCCAGACAUGAAUUUCUGAAACGCUACCAAGAAACGCGGCGGCACCGGCUAAAGGCAACAUGGCAAAUCGCAUGAAGGAUCUCUACAACCAGGUGCUCUUCGAGAGACGGAUCCUUCUGGGCUGCACCGCUAUCGUCGGACUCUCCACGUGUAUAUGGUCCGUGGCCAUAGGCACCGAUCAUUGGUACGCGGUAGAAGCACCGGAUGAUCAGGGUCUACCGCUGGGUGGUGCCGGCAAGCCUGGCAGAAGGUUGCUCUACAAGCACAUGGGCCUGUGGAGGGGCUGCACCAGCGGAUUAGUGCCCGAGUCGGUGAACUCUACGAACCUAGUGCCUUACCAGGAAUGCAAGUACCUGGAGAUGUUUCCAACGGAGCUGCAAAUAAAGUUGGACUCGAGCCUGGACCCGACCGUGUUGAACUACUCCAGGACCCAGGUCUCGUUCGCCUUGAUCAGCCUCUUCGUGAUGGUGAUGGGUUUCGGCUUUUCGAUUUACACGUUCCGGAACCCACGCUACAUGUUCAAACGCCUCGCCGGUGGGAUACACUUCAUUACCGCCGCUUGCAACAUGGUGGUGAUACAAGUGUUGCUCUCCUCGAUCGAGUACGAGAGUAAUAACGUGUUCGAGACCUUCCCGAAGGGCGCGAUCGUGAAAUACGACUAUUCGCUUUUCCUCGCGUGGAUCGUGUUCCUAGGCAAUCUCGCGGCCGCCCUCGCCUUCAUGAUUUUCUCGAGGAAAAGGAAGAGAGACAAGGCGCCUACCGAGGAGAUUGCCAUGGCCGAUGAACCGACGAUCAUCGGCCGCUGAAAGCUUUAUUUUCUUACUGUUAUUCUUGUUAUUAUUAUUAUUAUUAUUAUUAUUAUUAUUAUCUUGUUACUCUUAUUGUUACAUGUGAAGAAACAGUGAAUUCUGAGUGUGAAUUAAAAAUGACGAUGCUACCGGUAUAUAUAUUCGGCCCUUUCACACGCAUGAUACACGUUUUUUGUAGGUACUUUACUUUACCUUACCUACUUACCUCAGUACGUAGGCACUUUUUCAGUAGUUCUUCAGUACGCUCCGCUCCGUUCGGAACAGCUUGGAUAAACAGGGAACAGUUAACAGUCACGAGAACGUCGGACUGCGGUUAACAGUAAUUUUAUUAAAUACAAUAACAAAAACAAUAUACAAGCAAUAAUAUAUAUGUAUAAUAGUAAUAAUAAUCUUUCCUCGGGAUGCCUCAGACAGAUAUGGGCGCAUUAAGAAUGCUCCAGAAACAGAUCCGACGGCGCAACGGAACGGUGAGAGUGCCGUGUGUUCU